AUGGAUUGUGUCCAACACCAGAGAAGUAUUAAAAUGACAAACUGCAAAUUUCAUGGACCUGGUCUCUCAGUGAUAUCACUAAACACCAAUUUUGGCGACAAAAUGUCAAUCUCCAACGUAUUCGUCGAUAAUUCAAUUUCAUUUUUAUGCCAAGAAUACCGUGGUAUACGCGGUAUAACCUCAGAUUUGCAUCCUACAAGCCAAUGUAAACCAAACGAAAAUUGUGCGAAAACUAGUUGCAACUUUUCACCCAAAGCUAUUAAAUUAAUUUAA